AUGCCAAAACCAAACACUCCACACCCCUCCACCGCCACAACGCUCAACACAAGCGGUGGCCAACGCAGCAGCCUCCUCCGCCGUGACUUCCUCUCUAGCUACCCCGAAGACGACGACGACAGCAACAGCACCACCGCCCACUCGCACACACCUUCGCACUAUGUACAGAGCUGGGUUAACUCCUUUCGGAGGGAUCCCGGAAGGAGGAUCACACCCGCAACGGUGGUUCACGGCGUGGGAAGCAGUAAACGGUCGUCGACGAUAGCAGGGGGUAGCUCGCGAGGAGGUGGUAAUAGUGGUGGUGGUGGUAGUAGUAGAGAGGAAAAGGAGAGGCAUAUCGGAGGGCAUUACUUUGAUUUGCACGCUGCUAACGUCAACACGGCGAAUACGCAGCUUUCGAGGGAGCUGAAGGGGAGGCAUUUGCAGAUGAUUGCUUUGGGGGGGACGGUUGGAACCGGCCUCUUUGUCGUGUCGGGCUCGACGCUCACUGCUGGCGGCCCGGCCUCGAUGCUGUUGGCAUAUGCCUUCAUCGGUGGCAUGCUCUACUGCACCAUGCAAGCGCUCGGCGAGCUCGCCGUCGCCUUCCCCGUCGCUGGCAGUUUCUCGGCUUACUCGACCCGCUUCCUCGAUCCGGCCCUGGGAUUCUCGAUGGGGUGGAAUUACGCCCUCCAGUGGCUGGUUUGUCUGCCGCUUGAGAUCAUUGCGGGAAGCAUGACGGUCAACUACUGGAGGGAGGACAUCCACCGAUCCGUCUUUGUCACAGUCUUCCUCGUCGCCAUCGUGGUGAUAAACCUCGUCGGCGUCAGAGGGUACGGCGAAGCAGAGUUCUGUUUCUCCAUCCUGAAAGUCAUCGCAAUUAUAGGGUUUAUCCUCUUGGGAUGUGUCAUCAACAUUGGCGGGUUCCCCGACGAGGGCUACAUAGGAGGGAGGUAUUGGAAAGAUCCCGGCGCGUUCAACAAUGGGUUCAAGGGGUUCUGCACCAUCUUCGUCGCGGCGGCGUUUGCCUUUACGGGGAUCGAGUUGGUUGGUUUGGCGGCUGCAGAAGCGAUCAACCCGAGGAAAUCGCUCCCCACGGCUAUCAAGCAGGUCUUUUGGCGGAUCACACUGUUUUAUCUCAUCUCUCUCGCGCUUGUGGGACUUUUGGUUCCCUACAACCACCCCGAUCUCUUGGGAGCGGAAUCUUUUGCCGAUGCGUCCUCCUCCCCUUUUGUCAUCGCGAUCGAAUCAGCUGGCAUCGCCAUCCUCCCUGGUAUCAUGAACGCGGUGAUCCUCGUGGCGGUGGUAUCCGUGGGCAACUCGGCCGUGUUCGGCUCCUCCCGGACGUUGGCCGCUCUCGCAGAUCAGGGACAAGCUCCCAAAAUAUUCGGGUACGUCGACCGCCACGGGCGUCCCCUUAUAUCAAUCCUCAUCGUCAGCGCCUUUGGAUUACUGGGGUACCUAGCCGACCUGGACCAACCCUCCGAGGUGCUCAACUGGCUCCUGGCCGCCACCGGCCUCUCCUCAAUCUUCACAUGGGCCUCCAUCUGCCUGGCGCACAUCCGCUUCCGGAAAGCCUGGGCCGUCCAGGGGCGCUCACUCGACGAACUCUCCUACCUCUCCCAGGCAGGUGUAACUGGCUCCUGGAUCGGACUGUUCCUCAACAUAUUGGUGCUCAUCGCCCAGUUCUGGACGGCCGCCUGGCCCAUCCCCCCUACUCUCCCCGACCCAGACGCGGUCGACGAGUUUUCCACCGCACCCGAAGGAGCCCGCCGCGUCGUCCCGACUGUCCCGACGGGAAACGGCAGCGGGGUGACGAUCAACAACCAGGGCGACGUGGUGCACAACUUUUUUUUGCAAUGCAGUUGCGUGCCGAUCAUUGUCCUCUUCUGGGCGGGAUACAAGAUCUGGUUUAGGACCAAGGUGGUGAGGCUGGAGGAUAUCGAUCUUGAUACGGGGAGGAGGAAGGCAGGGGUGGUGUACUGGAACAGUCAUUCUGCUGGUGGUGGUGGUGGUGCGAGGGCAAGGGGUUUGCCUGUUUUUUCGUUGUCGACGAAGCAGGAGUUGGAGUGGGAGAGGGAGAGGGAGUUGAGAGGGAUGCCGAGGUGGAAGAGGGUUUAUAGGUAUUUGUGUUGA